CCCAAUUUCAUCCAUAGCAUCAUUGGGCUCAUUGGCAUGAGUGUGAAGCUGAUCCGUCCGGCAGGAGCGUAGAGGGCAAGAUGGGCAACAACCACACUGCGAACCGCCAUGGUGCCGUUAUCGACGACCACACACUGGAUUUUCUCCACAAGAACGACAGAGAUGCCCUCCACACGUAUGCAAACCACACACGAGUCAAUUGAGGAGGAGGAGCGGCAGUUGACAGCUGUGUGUGUUUGGGUGUGAUGUGCCAUCUGUGUGUGUGUGUGCAGCCGGUCGGAGGUCGGCAGCCUCAGAGCCACGGCCCGUUUCCUCUGGGAAGUCGACUUCUCGGCUGCCGUCCUGAGCAACCGACUCAAUCGCUGCCUGGUGGCCAAACAGCUCGACGGCAUCAUCGCAUUCGCCGCUCAGCUGGACCGCCCUCUGCUGUUGAAGGCCAUCUGGCUGGUGGACACACAGCAGUGGACCGAGGUGGCCGAUGCGCUGAAGGUGGCGAGGCAGCGGGGCUACUGUCAGUUGCCCAUCACACUCGCUGUGGCCGACAUGCAGCGGCACGAUAGCAAACAGGUGGGCAGAUGAGCGUGGGGCGGGUCGGGUGGCACUCAUCGGUCUGUCUGUAUGUGUGUGUGUCGUGUGGUGUCUGUGUAGGCGUAUUUGGCGGAUGUUCGUGUGAUUGCGCUGUGGAAGAUGGUCGGCAGACACGUCAACUGUGGCGGCCACUACGGCCGUUUUGAGCUGUUCGACCAGCCGGGCGGCGGUGUGCGUGCCAUCAAGGACGAGCCGGGCUUCGAGCUGGACAUCAACCCGCCCCUCCCCGCCGCCCACCCAUACCACACACACAUCAUCGACGACAACCCGCCCGUCAGAUCCACAAUCCAUCGGCACUGGGCGGCCGAUGGUGCGGCGCUCACUCAGGCUUCGGCGUCAUCCUUCAUCAUGAGGAUCAUCCUGGCCCCUCCAGCGGCCAAUGAGGGCAGAACGGCUAUGGUCCUCGUAAACCGGUACGCAGGACACCCCACACUCAGGCAGACACACAUUCAUCCUUGUCGGCCUCUUCCCUCUGUUAUGUGUUGGUCUCCUCAGGCAUGAUUACGGCGGUGUGCUGGGCGGCCUCCUCAGCCAGUCGCCCCACCAGCCCCCCAACGGAUGCACCGCCGUCGUGGCGGUCAGGUGGGACGAUGAUGAUCCCCCUGUAGAGCUUCGGCAGCUGCUGCUGACGCCGCUCGACAGCCCAUUUGUCGCAUGUACAAUUCUGUGUCCCUUCAGCCCACCCGCCACGACCAUGGGUGAGGGGACAAGAUAGCAGAUAUCUGCUGAGCGAGCCGUCCUUUGGCGUGCGUUGUGUCGCUGUAUGCAGUGGGUGUUCUUGCCGUCACCAACGAGCCGCCAGUAGGUGAUCCAUCGGCUGCCUUCAAGGACCGCCGGCCCGCCACCGCCCCUCUGGUGGGCGGCCCGCUGGGCAGCACCAUCGCAGAUAUGGUGGUCAACCAGCAAGAGAAAGUGGAUGAUGAGGGUGAGUGUGCAGGCGGCCGCCUCCACCUCGGUGUGUCGGUCGGAUGAAUCGGUCUGUGUGUGGUGGUGUGCAGAGGAGGGUGCGGAUGACGACGAUGGCGAUGGUGGUGAGGGUAAGUGGUCUGUGUGUGUGUGCGGUGCCCAGCCCGCCUUGCUAGGUGUCUUACUCUUAUGUAUGUGUGUGUGUGUGCAGAGGAUGACAAUGACAGUGCGGAUGACGGCGACAGCGAUGAGGGUGAGUGGAAUACAUGUGUGUGUGUGUGUGGUUGGGCCCACUUGUAUUUUUGCGUGUCUUGAGUGUGCAGAUGUGGAUGGCGACAUCGACGGCGAUGGCAAUGGCGAUGGCGAGCAGCAGGAGCAGGAGGAUGAAGAGGGUGAGAUGGGGGCAGGGGAGGAGCCAGAUCAGAGCGACACACAUGCACUCGUUGUGUGCGUCAUGGCUGUGAUGUUUGCCUCCAUGUGUCAGGUGAGGGUGUGGAGAGGGAGGCCAAGAGAAGGAGGCUGGAGGACAGCUAGGCUGCAUGCAGGUUGAUCGACUGCGACACUGGUCAGUGGGGUGGGUGGUAGACGGAUGGAUGGAGGAUGGACAGGAGGCCAGGCGUAGCGUAUGUAAUGCACACAGCCAGCUCAGCUGUCUGCCUCUCAUGACAUGGUGCCGACAGAACCCAUGCGGUUUGCAGCAGACAGACCGACAGACGUGCAUGCCAUGCACUGAUUGAUUGAUGUGUCCAUGUUGUCACUCACUGACGAACCCUUUUUGUGUAAACGUAUGUGGUAUGCCUUCUUGACGGUGAAGCUGCUUUCCUUCC